AUGCGGUACAUUAUCAAAUGCCUUUUAGAAAUUCAAAAACUUGUACUGCGUAAACCUGAAAUAAGUUCUAAUAUGUCCGAGAUGCAUGGAGUGUGUUGCAUUGAUGAAUUUGAUAAAAUGGAUGUGAAAGAUCAAGUGGCAAUUCAUGAAGCUAUGGAGCAGCAAACUAUUUCAAUUACGAAGGCUGGUGUGAAGGCUACAUUGAAUGCUCGAGCUUCUAUUCUUGCAGCAGCAAAUCCUAUAGGUGGGAGAUAUGAUCGGUCCAAGACUCUCAAACAGAAUGUGAACUUUAGUGCUCCAGUCAUGUCCAGAUUUGAUCUAUUCUUCAUCUUGUUGGAUGAAUGCAAUGAGGUGACAGAUUAUGCAAUUGCCAGGCGAAUUGUGGAUCUUCAUGCGAGAAAUGAAGAAUGUGUUCAUAGGGUUUAUUCUCCAGAACACAUUCGCCGAUAUUUGCUGUUCGCACGGCAGUUUCAACCAAAGAUGUCAAAAGAAGCUGAAGAAUUCAUCGUUCAGCAGUACAAACUCCUGAGACAGCGUGAUGGUUGUGGAGUUGCAAAAUCAGCUUGGCGCAUUACCGUUCGGCAACUGGAGAGCCUGAUUAGAUUAUCUGAGGCCAUGGCUCGUAUACAUUGCAUGGAUGAGGUACAGCCAAAGCACGUUAAGGAAGCAUUUAGACUGUUGAACAAGUCGAUCAUUCAGGUGGAAACUCCAGACGUCCACUUUGAUCAAGAAGAAAUUGAACCGACUGCUGGUAGUGCGUUUGACACUAGCCUGAAGAACAAUGCUGGAAAUGCUGGUGAGAAUGUGGAGAUGGAACAACACGUUCCUGACGCGCACAAGUCUGCCCUAAAAAUGUCAUUUACUGAGUACAAGAACAUUUCUAAUUUGUUGGUCCUACAUAUGCAAAAGUUAGAAGGAGUCGAAGGAGACGUGAUUAUGCAGAAAAGUGAUCUUAUAAAUUGGUACCUCAAGGAGAUGGAAAGUGAGAUUGAAACAGAGACUGAAUUGAUUUUGAAGAAGAUACUGAUUGAAAAGGUUAUUCAACGAUUGGUUCACAAUGAUCAUAUUCUGAUAGAGUUGACCAAGUCUGGACUGAAGAAGCUAAAGACUGGAGAAGGGGAUGAUGCCAUUGAAGAAGAUGAUCCCUUCUUAGUAGUUAAUCCAAACUAUGUUCUAGAAGAUUAGUGCAUUUUGAAAAUACAUUACUAGAUGAUUAGCUCUUGAAGCUUGCACUUCAAUUAAAAUGUAUAUGUGGUGAAACUAAUUAUAGUUAUUAUUAAUUUUG